CAUAGGAAAGAGUUUCAUCCCAUUUUUUGCCAUUUACCUGCUCUGCCGAAUUCUUUGAGGAUGUGGAUGUUACUAGCGCUAACACUUUUUUUCAUAUGGCCCUUAGCGAUUUUAAAAAUAACGUUUUUAUUAAUGCAUAGAGAUUGUAAGAGUAAAGUAUGUUUGGUCGGAAAAACCGCACUGGUAACGGGAGGAAGUAGAGGUAUUGGCUAUGAAAUUGUCCUGGCGUUGGCCCAAAGAGGAUGUAGGGUUAUUGUAGCUAACAGAACUAUAGACGAACAUUUAUUAGAGGAUAUUCAUAAUAAAACCAGAAGCAGAAAUGUUGUUUUGAAAUACGUAGAUAUGAUUUCGUUAAAAUCCGUGAAGGAACUAGCGAAUGAUGUAAUAAAAAAUGAGGGAAAACUGGAUAUAUUAGUCAACAACGCAGGGAUCGGGAGCAAUGUGUCGGCCACUACUGAAGACGGUUUGGAUCUAACCAUGCAAGUCAACUACUUCAGCACAUUUUUGUUGACACAAUUACUGGAAGAAUUACUGAAGAAAAGCCGGGGCCGGAUAAUAUUCACCAGCUCGUUGACUAGUUACCUCCAUAACUUCACUAUAGACAGACUAAAAUCGGAUGGGACCGAAAAGAGCAAUUUCUUUUCUUAUCCCAAUUCUAAGUUAUGCUUGAUAAUGAUAUCGGAGGCAUUCGCGAAAAGACUGAAGGAAUAUGGGGUUACUAGCAACGUCUAUCACCCCGGAUUGGUUGAUACAGAAGUAUUCCAAAGAAGUAUUAAUUUGAAAAGAAGAAUAACUUACAGUUGGUUUAUAAUAAAGUUGUUACAGAGUCUGGCAGUUUUAGUGGGAAAAACUGCCGAGGAGGGAGCUCAGACUGCUAUUCACCUAGCAUGUGCAAAUGAAGUUGAAAACGUAACCGGAGAAUACUUCUUCGAAACGGAACCAACCUUAAAGCCCAAACUAGCUCUCGACAAAAAAAUGUGCGACGCCGUUUGGGAAGCCACAGAAGAAAUCCUGAAGUCGAAACUAUAGUAACUUACCUUAUUUUGUGACUAGUGGAAUAUUUCAAUCAAGCAUUAUGUAAUUUUUUGCGCAAUCGUUUUUUUUUGUUUAUUUAAAUUAUCUGUUGUCAAUGCGGUAGGUUAUGUUUACUGGUUAUACUAAGCCUAACUAGGUCUGUAAGUAAUUUACGAUGUCUGAACGAUAAGGACGAUUAACAUACGUUGUUUCGCGCAAGGCCAAAAAAUAAAGAAAUUGUGAUUUAUUUAAAGAACAACGGUGCAUAUAUAUAAACAUAUAAAAGCGGAUAAGCGUAUUGUAAAAGGCAAUUAUGAACCAAUAAAUUAUUAUGUUUUCA